UUCGACUCAUGUAUCAGCCCGCUUAGAUCUUAUACUUAGAUACUCUGUCGACCGAUAGACUGACGUUUCUGGUUGCCGGCUGUGUCGUCCUGCAUAUACUUGGGAUUUUGAGCCACAAUCAUCCUCUACCAAUUCACUACCACGACUUAUGUAACAUCCUACCGUGACCUCUCACAUUUGUAGAAGAAACAGUCCCUCCCUCCUUCUAGCCCUGUCCAGCCCGUUCUCCUCAUCCAAGCGAGCUUUUUUUGUCGGCCGCUGCCGACAAUUCCCAAGUAUAAGAAGAGGUCGAUUCCAUCGAUCGCUCAGGCUCCCCGCUCUUUCCGUACAUUCACAGCAGACGACUCCGACACACAGAACAAAAUGUUGAUCACCAAGACUUUCCACGAUGUGCCCUCUCAGCUGGAUGCUAACGGCAGGCCUGUUCGCAUCUUCGUGCUCGCACCCGACGUGCCCAACUACCCUCAGGCGAAGUUCCCGGGUGUCGUCGUCUUCAGUGAGAUCUAUCAGGUCACUGGCCCUGUAGAACGUUUCGCUGGUCAGAUCGCCAGCCAGGGAUAUGUCGUCGCUUGCCCAUCGGUCUAUCACGAGUUCCAAGGGCCAGAGGCACUCCCUUACGAUACCGAAGGUACUGACAGGGGCAACAGGUUCAAAAUCGAAAAGGAAGUAGCUGCCUACGACGAGGAUGCCAAAUUGGCCAUUGACCUUCUCAGCUCCCUGCCAAACUGCAAUGGCCGCAUCGCUUCCACCGGCAUGUGUCUUGGUGGACAUCUCGCUUUCCGCGCCGCCUUUGACCCCCGCGUCCUCUCCUCCUUCUGCUUCUUCGCCACCGACAUUCACAGCGCCACCCUCGGUAAGGGCAAAACCGACAACACCCUUCAGCGCGUUAUUGCUGGCGAUCUCAAGGGUAAAGGCGAGAUUGUGAUGGUCUUCGGCAAACAGGACACUCACGUCCCCCGCGAAGGACGCGACUUUAUCCGCAAGACCCUCGAAGACGCCAACGUCCCCCUCUCCUUCCUCGAAGUCCAAGCCCAACACGCCUUCGUCCGCGACGAAUCCUCCAAGGGCCGCUGGGACGCCGCCCUCACCCGCACCCUCUUCGGUUUCCUGCUCGAAGUCUUCGAGCGCACCGUCGGGAGGGACAUGGGUCCUCGCGUCGACGAUGGGAAAGAGAUCGAGCACGUCUGUUAGACGGCGCGAGUGAGGCGCCGUUAAACGACGCUCAAUGUGCAGAUGGGAUGGUAUGGUAUGACUUGCUGGUAGAUGGGGAGCUAGAAGUAAAUGGUAUUUCUGACAGGGGCAGGAAUGGAUGUUGUAAACGCUUCGAAUGUAUGUACACGUCGACACGAUGUAUCCAUAGAUUGUUGUGCCAAAUAUUGUCAACGAACUCGCCCAAGUCAAGGACGACCACGACAGCC